GCAACUGGGUUUAAUAAGCAGAUUCCUUAUGUUUUUCAUAGGAAACACUUUACCUACAAGUCUUUGGACUUUGGUGUUGUUCGAUUUAGUACGACAUGCAACAGUUAAAAAAGGACCUAUCCUAGCUAGCUUUUUAACAAAACAAUCUUCAAAAAUGCUCCAAAUAUCAGCGUUGAUUUAAAAUGUAUUUGGUGAGAGAACUCUGAUAUAAUAUAAUCUCCAUGUCAUAAUCUUGCCACUGAUACAAUUAAUAAGCCAGUUCUUCUUGUAAAAUCUCUUAUUAACCACAUUCCCAUCUCAUAUCUUAGUUACUAUCGGUGGGAGAUGAUGAGAUUUGAAGUUUCCCACCAAGAAAGAAGGAGCUUCUUAUAUAUUUUUUCAUGUACUAUAAGUUUAUCUGUAAAUACCUUUUCCUCUUUAUGGUGUUUUCUCUUUGCUUGCCGAUUCUUCUAGCUUCCUAGUUUCUCCUUUCUCAAGUUUUCUUAUAUUCUCUCCUACAUGUCUUCGCAUCCCUUCUCUCUCCCAUCCCAAGAAAUCUUUGAUUCUAUGAUUCUCUUUUCUCUUCAUCUUUAUAAUAACAUAUAUCUAUCACCUGAGACGGAACUUCUUCGCAACCAUUCUUUCUUUCCUCUAUCAAAUCCAAAGAACUACCUGAAGACUAUAUCUCUCUUUUUCUCUCAAAAGCUUUUCAACUACACGGAUAACGGAAACAAAAUGACUCACCGUAUAACUUCUCGAUGUUUCUCCAUCAUGCUUCUAUGUCUUCUAAUCACUUCACCUCUAGAUGUUAUAGCUCAGGGUCAGGGAGGACAAGGUGAUAUACCAGUUGUUAAUCCUACAGCUCCCGGUGGUAGCACCACCACACCAACCAUAACCCAGCCAUCACCGCCUACCUCAACAUUCCCAGGUCCAACUACACCAACAACUACACCAACUGGAGGUUAUCCACCACUUGAUGGUACCACACCAACCGGUGGUUACCCGCCACUUGAUGGCACCUCACCUCCAGGUGGUGGUGGUGAUGUUGGUGGUGGUUACGGUGGUGGUAAUGCACCUGGUGGAGGUGGUGACACUGGUGCAGGUGGAGGAGGUGGCGGCGGUUAUGGUGGUGGUGCACCUGGUGGCGGAGGAGGAGGUGACACCGGUGCAGGAGGUGGUGGUGCAACUGGUGGUGGUGGUGGUGGUGGUGACACUGGUGCAGGGGGAAGUGGCCAGUGGUGUAUAGCGAAAGCAAAUGCUUCGCCAACAUCAUUACAGGUGGCUUUGGAUUACGCAUGUGGGUAUGGAGGAGCUGAUUGUGGCCAGAUCCAACAAGGUGCAGCCUGUUACGAGCCUAACACUAUUCGUGAUCAUGCUUCCUUUGCUUUCAAUAGUUAUUACCAGAAGCAUCCU